UAAUGUGCAGCUCCUCUGCUGUCUGUCCUAGCAGAAGUCGGCUCUGUGUGGCUGUUUCUACCAUACUGCAGCUGGGUUGCUCCAGAUUAAGGUUGCUGCUGAGUCCUGCCGGAUCAGUUACUAGAAACCAACCCGUGACAUCCAGGAGCUUGUUCAUACGUACCUUAGGUACCAGCUUUGGGAUCUCCACAGGGUAGAGAAAGGCUAUAAAGAGGAGAUAAACGGCAGAAAAAAUAGGUCGCGUCUGCUGAUCGACACGGGCGACUUUUCGGCGUUGCCGACCAACCCCCGCUCCCGCCACCGACAACUGACGUCACAGCGCAGCCGUUGGGUUUUUUUUUGAGUGAGGCGUUUGUGCGAAAAGAGGAGGAGUCUAUUUUUUUCCGAGAGAAGCAAAGAGUCGGAGUGGAGUCGUGUGGCAGCACAACACUGAGCUGUGGCUUCAUUUCUGUGCUUGUAGGAACCGGUGUUCUGCAGCUCCAUCCACACUACAUCCAGCUUACAUCAUUCUGCAGAGAAACGGACACAUCAAAGUCCAAACUGAAAAUAACGGAACAUCGCUGGGCAAAAAGACGAGUCGGUAGUUUGCAAAUCUGGUAUUAAAUCCAUGACCGAGGACCCUUUGGUUUGAAGGAAGCAAUGGAAGUUGUUGUGACAGAGGAAAAAAAGAAAAUUUUUCGUGCCAGAAAAACCAUGAAGAUCAGUGAUCGUCUGCAACUGGAAAACCUUCACAGCACUUUAAUGAACUCAGCUCCGGGUCUGUCCAACCCGUCCCCACCACCUCUUGUGAAUGGCACCCAUAAGGACGAUGGGCAAAAGGUGGGCGACAAGGAGCAAAACAGCUCCUCUGACCCAAACUCUCCCCAGGUGGCUUCCCCUGCCACUCCGGGAUCUCUGAGCUCUCCGGCACCAUUCCUGUCCCUAAAUCUAUCGCCCUCCCCUGGCUCCUCCCAAAGUCCCAACCCACAGGAAGAAGUUACGUCUCGGUCGUCGCCACCCCCUUCAGAAUCCCACGAUUCUAAGAAGACGGAGGAUGAGGAGAAGAAAGGUUCUUCACCAUCCCCACUAAAUGAGUCUGUUACACCAGUGUCUGCAGAAUGUAAGGAUCCACAGAAGGCUGAUGUGAUCCCAGUGGAUAAAAUAGAGGAAAAAAAAGGUGCUCCAGAGGAGCCAGUUGUGGACCUGGAGAAGGAUUCUGAUAAACGGUCUCCUGAGCCAUCUUCAAUGUCUGAAUGUAUAGAACCUAUGGAUGCAGAAAACUACUCAUCAGAUACAAUUGACUCUGAGGAAUCCACAUCCACAGUCAAACAUCAAAAGCCUCCUUCCCCCACUGUUGCACCCUCCAGUUCCUUAACGUCUCCCCCAGCAUCUGGUGAGGAUAAACGGCCGGCAGCUGAAAACAAAGCAGAAGACAUUAGGAAAGAGUCAAAUCAGAAGGACAAGAUGGAGAUGCACUCGGUAAAAGUCGAGUUAAAAAAGGAAAGCAAUGCUGGACAAACUAAAGGACCAAGUCGACCAUCAUCCACCCCACCUUGUAACACAGAUCAAGGGCAGAAGAGCUCAAGCUCGGGACUGAAGCGCACUUUAUCAGAAGGAAAUGAAAACGAUGCAGUACCUGUGAAGAGAGAGGGGAAGAGGCCCAAAGUGGAGCACGAAGAGCUGGAGGCCCAACUGGAGGUUAAAAUCACAGCCAAAGCUGGCAGCCAGAAAAAACUGGAAAAGGUCGUCCAACAGCUCGUAAAUGAGCGUCUGAAGAUCUUGGAGCUGACAAUCUUUGAGAAACAUUUCCAAGAGUUAAGGGACAGGGUAGACAAAAUCGACUGUGCCACUAAACACCAAACUGCCAUUAACUCACUCCAAAGUAAGAUCGCUCGACUGGCCAAAAAGUUUGGAGAGGCUAAUCAGAUGUCAGAAAACAAAAGAAAACAGGAGGCGCUCGCUGCUGCUAAUGCUGCCGCCGCUACUGCUGCCAAGAAUGCAACUGUUACAAACAACUCUCAAGCUCAGCGGCCGGUCCGGACCUCUGUUGAAGUAAAGCAGACUCCAGCAGCUGUAUCUUCAUCCAGUACAGCUGUAGUUCCAGUUGCAGCCCCUCUGCCAGUCUCUACUGCAUCCCCGGUUACUGUCUCCGCCCCAGCACCAGUUUCCACCUCCACCACCACCAUAGUCCCACAGGGCUCCAUACUGCAGCUGAUCACCUCCAGCUCUAACGCUGCCUCCACUUUGGCCACUGGCAUCACCACUCAGAGCCAACCUGGCACUCUGGUGCUGAAAACAACAUCUGGGAGCAACAUGAUGGCUGCGGGCCAGCCGCUUGUCAUCCAGCUGCCUCUGUCGGUGAAUGGCCAAGCGGGAACACUCGUCAACUUCCCCGUCUCCUCUUUGGCUGCGGCCACUUCGCUGAACAAGGCCAAAACCACUCCAUCCACCACCACCUUCAUCCUUAAGCCUUCUCCUGCAGCCAAUGCUGGAUCAGUCCCCACCUCUACCGCUACCGCCCUUCCCACUCUGCAGGCCUCCCCGGGUCAGGUGGCAACGACGCAGAUCUCCCUGGCCCGGGCUGUGUAUCAAGGCGGGGCGGGAAGGAUAACCACACCCAAUGCUGGGGUGUCUGUGACCACAGUUAGAGCCCCACCUCAGUCUGUGUCUGUGGCUGGCGCUGUGUCUUCGGCCUCUUCACCUGCAACCUCAGGGCCAGCAGCGACAGGUUCCACUGCACCAGGAACGCCCCAAGGAACAUCUCUCACAUCCAAGACUGACAACCAAGCUUCUGCAGCCACUCCAUCUAAAGCAGCUGCACCUCCAGCACGACCCAAAGGCUCUGUCAUUGAUCUCACAGAGGAUGACGACGAUGUACAAGUGACAGGAGUGAAGAAUGCCCAAGGUGCAACCCCCUCCCCUGCCCCCCGGUCUAACCCAGUCAUCAGCAUUCCCAACACUGCAGGAGCAAGAUCAUCCCCUAAAACCAACCAGAACUCCACAAGCAAUCCCCAGAUAACAGUGCAUCACCGCCCCCCACAGGAAUCCUCAUUGAAACCCCGCACUGUAACCAAUACAACACCAUCCCGCGGCUCCAGCACGGCGCUCCCCCCUCUUCCUGUCGCUCCUGCGCCGCAGCGUUUGCCCCCAGAGGCGGAGCAGACCUCGCCCCCCCAGCAACUCCAGCUGAAGCUGGUGCCGGGUCAGACCGGCAUCGUGCUGUCCUGGAGUGUUGCAGAAACCGAUCGAAGCUGCGCGACUGUGGACAGCUAUCACCUCUAUGCCUUCCACCAGGACAACUCUAGCAGUGGUACGGCUCAGCAGCACUGGAAGAAGAUAGGGGAAGUGAACGCCCUUCCUUUGCCCAUGGCCUGCACGCUGACCCAGUUCCAGUCCGGCUCCACGUACUAUUUUGCUGUUCGAGCCAAAGACAUUUACGGGCGCUUUGGUUCUUUCUGUGAACCUCAAUGCACAAAUGUUAUCAGCUCUAGUUCAAGUUCAAGCUAAACGGUUACAAAAUAAAGACAUUUUUUUGCUUCUGAAACAUGUUUUACUUUUGACUUAUUUUAUGAUUUUUUCUCUCUGUUGUGUUUUAAAAUCUGAAAUAUUGUAUCCUAAACAGAUACAGUAUCUGUAAAUAUGUCAACACAUAAAACUUGGACUCUGAUACAUAAACCAGCGAAGCGCUGGCUUUGUCUGGUUCCCUGUAUGUGAUGUAUUCUUUUGUGACCUAAGCUGUUGUGUAAAUGACCGUAUUCAUUUUUGCCCCUCUAGCAGGUCAGAUAUUUAUGUUCUUCACUCCUGCAAGUCAGACCAAGACUGUUCUUUUUUUUUUUUUUUUUCUCGAUGAUAGGUGACAGGAUUAUUCAUGUAAAAUCGAUUGCACAAAUAUGUAUACUUGUGUGGUAGAAACAGAAUAACUUUUUUAAGUUCUGUCUGGCAACCAGACUUUGAAAAAUGUAAUAAAAUGUUUUAUUAAA